AUGGACAACCGAGAUGGCAAUGAGCCUUUGGCUCCCCCCCUUUUGACGAUAUCUUCACUUGCUCAUAGCUGCCGCACCGCUUUUGCCAAACUGUGUCAAGACCUCCUCCUCCCAUCAAACGAGUACCAUGGCUUGGAACCCGAGGCAACUGACCAGGCUGGCCGCUUCAACGUAUGGGCCUUGAACAUUGGCGCCCUGCAGAGGCCGCAGUCUUCAAGCUCGCUUGACUCGAGACUGAAGAAAGCCGAGCGUAUGAAAAACAACGUGGUCUCGGGUCUUCAACGUUUGGAGGUUGCUCUUAAGAGAGCUAACGAGAUCGCGCUGGGAAACAUACCUAACAGGACAACCAGCCCAGCCACUGCUGAAGAAAUCAUCAAGUACUCGGUGGGAACCGUGGUUGGAAGCAUUGAUGAAAGGGAUCGCGGCUUCACCACGGAAAUCAACGAAUUAUUCAGCAACAUCCAAUCAUGCAUCACGUAUCUGUUUACUCUCUCUACACUGCUUCGUCGAAGUCACCCUCGCGGACGCACAUCGCAGCAGGGGCCCCAAAGCUCGCAAUCGGAUCCCGGGCCCUUGGUCACCAAUGCAAAGGACAAGUUUCCGAAACUCAAGCAGUAUCCCUGGUUAGCAGAGAGAAUAGGGCAACGGACUGCUCGCCAAAUGGACUAUAUUCGAUAUCGACAGAGCCAUCGUACGAAGCUGGCUCGUGUUGACGCCGCCCCCAUACAAGACGUGCUUGCUGAAAGAGCUACGACAAAGGCGACUUCUUUCCAUGACACCAUUGCUGCACCCGACAGUAUCAAACAACCUGCUUCGGGUUCUUCUCGAGAGGAAAGUAUAUACACUGUGGCCACGUCCUUCGCCCAAACAGCCGUUGGGGAGACUCACUCGGGCCGAAUUAUCCCACAGCUGACGGAUAUGUGGCUGGACGGACGGCAGCUCGGUUACGGCGAACCCGUGGAAUGCCCUUAUUGUCGCACAAUUCAAACCAUCAAGGAUCGAUACCAUUGGAAACACCACGUAUAUCGCGAUCUCCAGACCUACGUUUGCUCGUUCGAGCAUUGUUCAGAGGGGCCAUUCCAGACUUCCCAUGAAUGGUUUCAGCACGAAAUCGACAAACACAGACGGCAGUGGAAAUGCGUCUUGUGUCAUGCAAGGUGCAAUUCCGCCUCGGCCCUAGAAUCUCAUUUCGACUCUCGGCACCCAUCGGUCGCAUCUGCCACGCAGAGGAAGGUGAUGCUGAAGGCUUGCGAAAAGCCCCUCAACCACUUCGACACAGACUCGUGUCCGCUCUGCGAUAACUGGCUCCCGUCAUCAGAGACUGGUGGGAACUCUAACAAAUUUCGCUCUCAUCUAGCCAAACACUACCAAGACCUCGCCUGCGAAGCGAUACCUUUGGCUAUUGAAGGCCUCGAGAUUAAAGCUGCCGACGACACCGAUGAUGAUUCCGCACCCAGCGACGACGAUGACCAUAGCACGACGGAACCACAAGGGCAGCCGUCCUCUAGCGUCAAGCCUGCACCGGUCGUUAUUGAAGGCUCCGACGAGGAUGAGACCAAACCAGUUCGCAGCGAAUACGUCAGGAGAGGCGAGACCCGAAUCCCAGCCCAUAUGAUCGACAAGAGAGCUCUCAUCGACCUAGGAUAUUCCUGCAGGAUUAGAGCUAACACUGCUAUCGUCAACAAUCAUGGAAAGAGUCUUGACCACGAUAGCCUUGACAAGCUGCUGAAGCUCAGUGAGGAAUACAAGCAAAGUGAGCCCGAGGUUGCCGCCACUAGCACAUCGGCCAAUUUCACCAUCGAAGAAGCUUCCGAAUUCAAUCCUAUGAAUCAGGACUAUGAAGACGCCAUCGAACCCCCAGGCUCCUCCUCACCAGCCUCGGCCCGCUCUCGUUCGCCGGCCCCAGCGCUUCAAGUGCUCUCCAGCUCUGAGGAUUCAGACGAGAAAUGGGAUGAUGAUACGGAGGCCGAACUCAUUCGCAGGCGACAGGAGAGGUUGCGCAUGCGGAAGCUCCGCGGAGGCAUUGGCAUGCGCACCAUCUCGGAGCAUAGUGAAUCCGACCACGAAGACGGGACAGCUGUAGAUCCUGACACCGUCGGCACUAGCAGCCGUAGACUUCGGCGACGAGUCGGAGACCGGCUUGGUUUCCGUUUCCAAGACCUGCCUCCCGAGGGCGCGGAAACGGAGAGCGAGCUCGACCUACCAUGGCCAUGGGAACGCAGUGACCCCGACGAAGACUUGAUGCCUUCCACCCCUGAGAAGACCCACACCAUUCCUCUACCAGCGAGCGGUUCCAUGCGAGCGUCUCCAUCGUCCGAUACUAACGGCGAAGAUAGUGUGACUCGGCCCCAGGCGCAGAUGGGCAACCCGAUGCAGCGCCAGAUGGCCGGUGGUCAAAACAUGAACACGCAGGCAAUGAACAACAACAAUGCGAUUACGAACCAGGUCAAAAUCCAAGGACAAGCGAUGUACAACAAGCAUAUUGAAAAUCUCGCGGCAAAAUGGGGCGGUGCUGUAGAGAACAUCCCGCCGGAGCAGAUGGAGGCCAAAAACCAGAUCCUAAGCGUCCUUGCGCAGCGGAGGGCUCACCAGGUGGUGCAACAGCAGCAGCUCCGUUGGAGUACCCGAGAGGUUGAUCUGCCUCGGGACGAGUUGCCUACGCCGCCCGUGCCACCUUCUCAGACCGAACACGCCGAGACUUUGAUGAACGCCGCCGCAUACAUGCAAGGGUCCCGCAAAGCUAGUUCUGCUCACCCAGGUUCAGAAAGACGGUAA